CACCGGACGGGCAAGCCAGCGGCAGCAUGCUGUGUACCCUGCUUCUCCUGCCCGGCCUCCUGGGGGCCAUGGCCGGGCCCAUCUCUGUCCCCCAGGAGUGUGCCAAGGGCUCCCAGGUGUGGUGUCAGGACCUGCAGGCUGCGGUGAGGUGCGGGGCGGUGGCGCACUGCCAAACGGCGGUCUGGAGCAAGCCCACCACCAGAUCCCUGGCCUGCACCGUGUGCCAGGAUGUGGUGACGGCAGCCGGCAACGGGCUGAACCCCAAUGCCACGGAGUCGGACGUCCUGGCGUCCGUGAUGAAGACCUGUGCCUGGCUGUCGGGCCAGGAGUCCGCAGCCCGCUGCCAGGGGAUGGUGGACACGCACGGCCCGGUGGUGCUGCGCAUGCUCGCCAGGGGCCGGGGCGGCGCGGCGGCGCCGGUCUGCUCCUCCCUCACCCUGUGCGAGCCUCUGCAGCGGAAGCUGGCCGCCCCGGGGGCGCCGCUGACCCGGGAGGCCGCGUCCGAAGUGGUGGCCCCGUUCAUGGCAAAGGGGGCCCUUGGCUUCUACCCCCCGCCGAUGCCCGGCGCUGCCGCCGCCGCCGUGUGUGCAGACUGCGUCCGGCUCAUCUCCCGGCUCCAGGCUACGCUGGGAUCCAACGUGACCUUGGCGGAGGCCAGCGUCGUCCAGGGACAGUGCGCCCCCCUGGGACCCGGCCUGAGAGCUCUCUGCCAGAACUACCUCAGCCAGCUGCUGGCCCCCGCUGAGCAGACGCUCCAGCUCCUCGCCCCGAGGGACAUCUGCGGGCAGGGCGGCUUCUGUGAGGACAGGCCGGGCCCCGCCUCGCAGCCGGCGCGGGUGGCCGCGGUGGACGGGGUCCCCUCCUUGGAGCUGGCGCUGCCGGCCAAGAACGAGAUGCAGAUGACGUCCGGCCUGACCUGUGAUGUGUGCCUGGACGUGAUCCAACAGGUGGACCGCUGGCUCAUGACCAACAGCACGGAGGCCAUCAUCAGCCACGCCCUGGAGCGCGUGUGUUCCUUCAUGCCGGCGUCCAUGGUCCAGCAGUGCGUCACGCUGGUGGACACCUACAGCCCCUCUCUGGUGGAGCUGGUGACCAGAGUGACGCCCGAGAAGGUGUGCACGGCCCUCCGCCUGUGCAGCAGCCCCAGGCAGGCGCGGUCUCUGGCGGCCGCCCCGGACGCGGCGCCCUCGCUGCUGCUGGACGAAGAGAACCAGGGCAGCUUCUGCGCCACCUGCAAGAACGUGCUGGGCGUCUCCUCGCAGAACCUGGACCGCAGGGCCACCAAGCGGGACAUCCUGAGCGCCUUCAAGGGCGGCUGCAGCAUCCUGCCCCUGCCCUACCUCACCCAGUGCAACCACUUCGUCAUCCAGUACCAGCCCGUGCUCAUCGAGAGCCUCAAGUUCCUCAUGGACCCCACUGCCGUGUGCAAGAAGAUCGGGGCCUGCCACGGCUCCCGGACCCCGCUCCUGGGCUCCGACCAGUGCGUGCUGGGCCCCAGCUUCUGGUGUAAGACGGAGGAGGCGGCCGAGAUGUGCGAUGCCCUGCAGCACUGCCGGCGCUUCGUGUGGAAGGUGGCGCACCCCCACAGCGAGGGCCAGCCGUGACCGGGACCCUGCGGCCGGCCGGGGCGUCCUGCGUUCCCCCGGGGCCCUCAGAGGUGGGUACCGUCCCCAGCCCCGUGCCAUAGCUGGGGGAGAGUGGCUUCUCUCCUUCUCUCCUCGGGAGCUCUAUCUGCACCUCUGUCACUCGGCCCUGCCCGUACCAAUGCCCCCAAAA